AUGGGCCCACUGCUGAAGGCUCUCUUGGUGGAGAUAGUGGCAUCCGCCGGCGGGCGGCGGGUGACGCCACGCAUGGUUGCCGACAUUGCGGAGGGGGCGACGGCGGAGAACUUGCAGUUCCUUUUGCGAGUUCUGGAGUUUUGUACAGCUGCCGAAGUCGUGGGGGGAAAGCAUGUUGAGAUGAUGAUGAAUGCUGUCACGGGCUGCAAGCUCGACGCCCCGCCAGGCAAUGUGAUGCAGAUGGGCCCACAAGGCAAGAUACACGAGGCGCUGCAGAAGUGGGCGGCCAAGUACGGCCCCGUGUUCAAGUACUUCCUGGGCAGGAGGCCCUGCAUCGUGAUCACUGACCCGGACCUGGUGCGGCAGAUCUGCGUCAAGCGCUUCAUUGACUACCACGACCGCAGCGUGCCUACGCUGGAGAAUGGCGCCGCCUGCGACAACCACUUCCAAAACAGCGGCAUCCUGUUUUCCAGGGGAAAGUAUUGGCUGGGCAUCCGCACCGCAUGCGAGCCUCUGUUCCACAGCGCAGCGCUCGCAAGCUACGCGCCGAUGAUGAACCAGGCGAUUGACGAGCUG